AUGUUACUGUCUGACAGUCCACCAUCCAUACUCCACCCGGUGUUCAAUGCGGCUCAGCCGUUUCCCCCGCUCCCUGAUAUCAACAAGGAGAACAUUCGGACGCAGGUGUUUACGCAUCGCUCGUAUUAUGGACGCCCGAAUCAUGUAUUCGAGGACCAUCCACAGGACCCGAGUCCAGACAAUGAAAAGUACGAGCAUCUCGGGGACACCGUGUUAGGUCUGGUCGUGACCAAUCUCCUCUUGGAGAUGUACCCCAACUUGCGCGUUGGGCCAUCUACAAAAAUCCGAGCCUUGGUCGUAGGCAACUCAACCCUUGCUGACAUCUCGCGUAUGUACGACCUACCAGCAAGACUGCGUCUGCAUCCUGCUCAGGCGAUUACCCUACGCGCUUCCGUCAACAUUCAAGCCGACGUCUUCGAAUCCUACGUGGGCGGGCUCUAUCUCGAGCAGGAUCUGCCGGGCGUCCAGCCCUGGUUGAAAGCCCUGUUUGCACCUUACGCGACUGAGGCUUACAGACGUGUGCGGGAGCAACAUCGUCUCCCACCCCUUCCGAUGAUCGAGCUUGUCGCGCCUGAGUCAGUUCUGUCCUCGCCCCCGCCCUCGCCCCCUCAUCCCCGCCCCGGCGCCACCCCCACGACCAUAGGCCACCUUGCGCUGUUCAAUCAGCAGCUUCAGAAGGCCAACAGGAUAGUCGAGUGGAUCUACUCAGACGGGACUGGUGAAGGCACGAAAACGACUCCAAUUUGGAUCGUCAGAUGCGAAGUAGAUGGGGAAGUUUACGGUCGCGGACAAGGUGGGACCAAGAAAGCUGCCCGAAAUGAGGCUGCCAAGGAAGGCCUGAAGAAAAUGGGCAUCGAAGUCUAA